AUGCCAUACGAAUUCCUGCAGACCCUACAUGAGCAGUACCGCACCGAGUACUACGGCCCCUGGCAUACAAGAGAAUGCUACCCAUGGGAGUACGACGUCAAGGCCCAAGAGUGUAUCCAAUUGGCUAGCAAAUCAGACCCUCAAUUCUUCCUACAGCAAGCCAAAAUCCUUCAAGACCGAGCGGCCUACAUACGUCAAGAAUGGGCUAGACAAGAGGCCUUACAAGCCACUCAGUCAGUCACUCAGCCAGCCACUCAGUCAGCCACUCAGCCAGCUACUCAGCAAGUCACUCAGCCACCUCACCAAUCCACUCAGUCAGCCACUCAGUCAGCCACUCAGCUAGCCACUCAGUCUGAUAUUCUACAAGAGGAGGAACUACAACAGGCAAAUGCGGAGAACACUGCGGAGAAAGCAAGCGGCAACAAGGCCCCCAGCACCAAGAGCACGGCCCACCUCUCCAAGAUCCCACGUCAUAUGCUCUCCACGGUUCCACGUCAGAUCGCCACUCAGCAAGCGGAGAACGACACUACAAUUUGGCCUGCUAUCUCUGCGUGCCUCGACAAUAUCACAUUGUGGUACAUCACUGCAAUGACUACACAAGAGGAGGAUCUACUGCGUCGAUCACAGCCAAUUGGGCCACUGCAGGAGGAAGAUCAAUGA